GCUCUAACAUUGCCGAAAAGUAAUUGCCAUUACGAUCUUAUUACGAUUCACACGCGCGUUCGGCCCAUAACGGUGCUAUAUCGGCGAGUCGAGCAUGUCUCUUUACAACUGUCUUCGAAGUACCCAGAGAGCAGGGGUCAGGAAACUCUUGAAAUGUCGUUCUUAUUCCGUGCCAGCACGUGCCCAGAACGCUGCACCGAAGUCCCAAACACCUACACCAAAAUCCUCCUGCCCUGCUGACACUGUUCUUACUGGGCUAAACUACUUAAAGAAUCAACCACCAGUCCUUGCGCUUCCGGAUGAAGAGUAUCCUCCUUGGCUUUGGUCAAUUUUAAAGCCCAAAGAACUAGAAGACGAUGGUCCCGGAGGUCGAAAGGAAAGACUCGAGAGGAGAAGAGAAAACAAACAGAGGAUACGAGAGCGUAACUUCAUGUCUACUCAGUAGAACCUCAAUAUGUUGUCAGUUCUCAUCCAAUUGUAGAGAUUUUGGCGUCUAA